UGUGAGACCAUUCACGAAGGCUGCAGUCUUGCCGCCGUGAGUGAGCACAAAGUCAUCCUGAGCGUAGCGAAACUUCUCCAGGCCACACGCCAUGAAGACGUCGUCGUCUCCGAAGAAGUCCUGCAGACAGGAUGGAAGCUGAGCUCACCUGUUUUCCGUCCAGUGUGUAGAGCUUCUUCACGGCUCCAGAGUCCAGCUUGAUGGCCUCAGUGAUGUCGGCCAGCACUUGUUGGAAGGAGUGUGCCGUCUUUUUGUUCAGGAGGAUCCGCACCGCCUUGCGAGGCUUCACGCCGCUGCGGAUCACAGUCACCAAUUUGGGUUUGAUGAAGUCUUUGCUCUCUCUGCCCUCUCGGCCUUCUGGACGCUCUUUGGCACUCCCGGCAGCAUUGGCGGCCGGACCCCCAGCAGGCGUCCCGGACGGCUUGCUUGACCCCGACGACGCGCUGCUUCCGGAACUGGCGCCGGGUUUCCAGCUCGGAAUGGAGAUCUUUGUGUAGUCAACUUUGCGGACUGCAUUUGUGAGGUCAUAGGUCGCAAAGCAGUUGAUUGGCUGUUAUGCUAAGCAAAAACCAAGGUGGAUCUCAUUAGGAGAACGGAUCCCUUCUGAGCAAAAUGGGUUCUUAUCAAAGUUUGCCAUCCAAGCCAACACAGAUCAAAACUCGUCUAUCAGGAAAACUUCUUCGCUGAAUUCAUUUUUUCCAGAAGGAGAAGUGGAAGCGUACAUCAACCAAUUAGGGGAAGUCGGCAUGGGGCGAGGAUGACGCAGAUUCAUUACGUACUGACUGUGGGUUUGAUUCCUGGCCAGGGCCGGAACACCCCGCCAUUGGAGAUGUCCAGCAUUCCAAGCAAGGGAUAAGUGAGAGAGUUGCAUAAGGAAAGGCAUCCGGCGUACAUACUAAGCCAAAUGGAACAUCUCACCGUGGCAAAGACAAAGUUGCAAUGCGCUGCUGCCUGUCAACUUCUCAACUUUCCAUCACCUGUUUCCCAGUACUUCCAUGCUCAGAGGAUGACCGCUGCGGUUCGAGAGCGCUAUAGUUACAGCUUGACCGAGAUAUUAUUAGUGGCAAGGUGUGUAGUGCACACUUCAGCAUGGACAAUUACAUUCCAACACACCCAAGACGGAGGAAGAAGCACGUUUUGAAGAGUUCUGCUGUUUUGGCACCCCAGGGAACGAAAAGGGGACUCCUCUGGAAUUUCCUAUGGAAUUUAAACCAUCAAACCCUGUUACCGGGUGCUUUUGCAUUCAUCCACCGAUUUAAAAUGUGACCAACUAUUCCACACUAGGGAAAUUCAGAGGAGUUGUCUUCUUUUUCUUUCCUGCCCGAGUCGGAAAUAGCGACUCUUUGUCCAAAUAGACUGGUGUGUCGGCGAGGUACACCUGCAGCACCGGGCAUGAAGGCGGCACGUGCAUGACCCCGCAAGAGCAGCCUCGUUUUCUGUUCUCUUUCCUGAGACGUCCCUGACAACAUGAGGCCCGCGGCAGGUCUCAGGAGAGAGAAUGUUCCCUGACUUUCACACCUUCAACCUCAAGCUCUUGAACUAUCAGGAAGUUUGCUUGAGUGCUGAAAGGCUGUGACUAGACCCUGCAUCUGAGUACUCAGACCAGGACUGACUCACAGGGCUCUCUCUGUGAGCCAGCGCCACCGAGGCUGCCAAAGCAUGCUGGUGCCAAGCUGUGCCAUCAUGCCCACAGCCAGACCUGCAACGCUGCUGCUACCGCUGCUGCUCACCACGGGUCUCAUCCUGCACCUCGCCGACGCUCAAACACCACCAAAAUUUUUACGAACCCCGAAUGACCAAACAGGCGUUCAAGGGGGCGUGGCCUCCUUCAUCUGCCAAGCCACAGGAGAUCCACGGCCAAAGAUCGUAUGGAACAAGAAGGGGAAGAAAGUCAGCAACCAGCGAUUCGAGGUGAUCGAGUUUGACGACGGCUCUGGUUCGGUUCUACGCAUUCAGCCACUCCGUACGCCUCGCGAUGAAGCCAUCUACGAAUGCGUCGCCUCCAACAGCGUCGGCGAGACCAGUGCAACUACACGCCUCACCGUUUUACGUGAGGACCAGCUGCCCCCUGGUUUCCCCACCAUAGACAUGGGCCCCCAGCUCAAAGUGGUGGAGCGAACCCGUACGGCCACCAUGCUCUGUGCUGCGAGUGGCAACCCGGAUCCUGAUAUCUCCUGGUUCAAAGACUUCCUCCCUGUCAAUACCACCAACAACAAUGGACGUAUUAAACAGCUGCGAUCAGAAUCCUUUGGUGGUACGCCAAUACGAGGUGCCCUCCAGAUUGAGCAGAGCGAAGAGUCUGAUCAGGGAAAGUACGAAUGUGUGGCGACCAACAAUGACGGAACGCGCUACUCGGCACCGGCCAACCUUUAUGUCCGAGAGCUGCGAGAAGUGCGCCGUGUCCCACCGCGCUUCUCCAUCCCGCCCACGGACAACGAGAUCAUGCCAGGCGGCAGCGUCAACAUCACGUGUGUGGCGGUGGGCUCACCCAUGCCGUACGUGAAGUGGAUGCUCGGCGCUGAGGACCUAACGCCGGAGGACGACAUGCCCAUCGGACGCAACGUGUUGGAGUUGACAGACGUGCGACAGUCGGCCAACUACACGUGCGUGGCUAUGUCCACGCUAGGCGUCAUAGAAGCAGUGGCACAGAUUACAGUCAAAGCGUUACCCAAGACACCCGGCACACCUGUGGUGACUGAGCGUACCGCCACCAGCAUCACCCUGACUUGGGAUUCCGGUAACCCUGAACCGGUGUCCUACUACAUCAUCCAACACAAGUCCAAGUACUCGGAGGACUCCUACAAAGAGAUUGACGGGGUGGCGACCACCCGCUACAGCGUGGGUGGCCUAAGCCCCUAUUCGGACUAUGAGUUCCGCGUGGUGGCGGUCAACAACAUAGGGAGAGGCCCACCGAGUGAGGGCAUUGAGGCUAAGACGGCAGAGCAGGCACCCAGCACGGCGCCGAGGCGGCUCCGGGGGCAAAUGAUGAGCGCCACGACGGCUGUCAUCAACUGGGAGGAACCGGAGGAAGCUAACGGGCAGAUUAUGGGAUACAGAAUCUACUACACUUUGGAUUCGUUGCAGCAUGUCAACCUCUGGGAGAAGCAGAUUGUAAGGGGGGCUAACUUUGUCACCAUUCAGGGCCUCAUCCCAAAUAAAACUUACUACAUCAAGGUUUUAGCCUACACCUCAGUGGGAGACGGACCUCUUUCCCCGGAUCUUCAAAUCAUUGCAAAGACAGGAGUUCCUGCCCAACCAACAGACUUCAAGGGAGAAGCGAAGUCGGAAACAAGCGUUCUGCUUUCGUGGGUGGCACCAGUCCAGACGGGACAGGAAAACCAAAUUACAGGAUACGAUCUUUUGUACAAGAAGAGGGAUGAUAAAGACGAGAGGCGCAUCAGCUUUGAGCCGACAUCCACAUACCUCAUGAAGGACUUGAAACCCUUCACCACAUACACCUUCCGACUGGCGGCACGUAGCAAACACGGCGUGGGUGCUUACACCAGCGAGAUUUCUGCAGAAACACCACAAACACAACCCUCCGGACCACCAACGGAUGUCAAGUGCUAUAGCCCCACAUCCACUAGUAUCCUGGUAAGUUGGCAAGCGCCGACGAUGGAAUCGCAGAAUGGCAUCAUAAGGCGAUACAGCAUCCAGUACACCGCCAAUGAAGGUGGGGAGGAUGCCACGGGUACCGGACGUGUCGCAGACAACAUCCCCCCGGAAAGCACCCAGUACCUUUUGGAAAACCUGGAGAAAUGGACUGAGUACCGCGUGACGGUAACUGCGCAUACUGAUGCUGGAGCAGGACCGGAAAGUGUGCCACAAGUCGUCCGCACGGAGGAGGAUGUUCCUAGUGGGCCACCUCGCAAAGUCGAGGUGGAAGCUGUCAACUCGUCGUCAAUUAAAGUCAUCUGGCGCUCGCCCAUGCCUACCAAGCAGCACGGUCAGAUCCGAGGGUACCAGGUGCACUAUGUCAGGAUGGUUAAUGGCGAGCCCACAGGACAGCCUGUCAUCAAGGACAUCCUGAUUGAUGAUGCCCAGUGGGAAUAUGACGAUACAACCGAUCAUGAAAUGGUCAUCUCAGAGUUGCAGGCCGAGACCACGUAUUCGGUUACUGUGGCGGCAUACACGACAAAGGGCGACGGCGCACGCAGCAAGCCCAAAUUGGUCACGACCACUGGUGCAGUUCCUGACAAACCUCGACUAAUGGUCAGUACCACCAACAUGGGCACUGCUCUUCUCCAGUGGCAUCCCCCAGCAGUCACCCACGGGCUCCUGCAAGGUUACAGACUCCGUUUUGGGCGCAAGGACCUAGAACCCCUGACAGUCAUAGAGUUCCCAGAGCGAGAUAACCACUACACAACCAGAGAGAUCCACAAGGGUGCCUCAUACACCUUCCGGCUUUCUGCUCGUAACAAGGUGGGGUUUGGUGAAGAAACGGUCAAGGAAGUGACCACAAACGAGGAUGUGCCAAGCGGGUACCCCCAGCGAAUCACCGCAGACGGCGCCACCACAACCACUAUUCAGGUCAGCUGGCAACCUCUCCUCCUGGCGGAGCGCAACGGCCAAAUAGUCAAGUACGCUCUGCAGUAUAAGGACAUCAACAGCCCGAGAAGUCCCUCAGAACUCUUCAUCACCGCCCCAGAAUCGACCGUGGCCUUGGAUGGCCUUAAGGCAGACACCACUUACGAUAUUAAAAUGUGUGCCUUCACCAACAAGGGUUCUGGUCCCUAUAGCCCAAGUGUCCAAAUCAGGACACAGCCUUUGGAUCAAGCAGUGUUUGCAAAAAAUUUCCACGUGAGAGCUGCCAUGAAGACAUCUGUGUUGCUGACAUGGGAAAUCCCGGACACCUACAACGCUGGUCAGCCUUUCACGAUCCUGUAUGACAAUGGCCAGAGCGUGGAGGUUGAGGGCAAACUGGCGCAGAAGCUGAUCACGGGUCUUCAACCAGAGACGCAGUACUCAUUCCUGUUGACCAACCGUGGCAACAGCGCCGGCGGCCUGCAGCACCGUGUGUCCACCAUGACAGCGCCGGACAUCCUUCGCACCAAACCCUACCUUAUUGGCAAAACAAACUCAGACGGCAUGGUGACCGUGGAGCUGCCCUCGGUGCAGACGUCGGAGAAAGUGCGGGCAUAUUACAUUGUGGUGGUGCCGCUGAAAAAGCAGCAGCGAACCGGCAAGUUCUUCAAACCCUGGGACAAUCCGGACGAGAUGAAUUUAGAAGAGCUGCUGCAGGAGAUAAACCGCACCAGCCGAGGCCUUCGUCUCCGCAGGCAGGUCGAGCCCAAAGCGUACAUCGCUGCCUACUUCCCUGACCUGCCCAAAGAGUUCACACUGGGCGACGGCAAGUUCUACGGAGACUUUGAGAACAAGCGACUACAAAGUGGACAGGAGUACGUCUUUUUUGUACUCGCCGCCCUGGAUAUAUCUGAAAAUGUCAUGUACGCCACCAGCCCGUACUCCGACCCCGUGGUUUCGGCUGACAACGACCCCCAGCCGAUUAUCGACGAAGAGGAGGGUCUUAUCUGGGUGGUUGGUCCUGUCCUAGCCGUGGUCUUCAUCAUUUGCAUCGUCAUCGCCAUCCUGCUGUACAAGAGCAAACCAGACAGAAAAAGGGCAGAAUCCGAAGCAAGGAAAAGCAGCUUGCCCAACAGCAAGGAGAUGCCCUUGCAUCACCCCACCGACCCAGUAGAGCUACGCCGCCUCAACUUCCAAACACCCGGUUCACGUGCGUGUGGUCACCCAAGUAGCCUCCAUUUGUCAAGUAUGGUGAGCCACCCCCCAAUCCCUGUCAUGGACCUGGCGGAUCAUCUGGAGCACCUGAAAGCCAAUGACAACCUCAAGUUCUCCCAGGAGUACGAGUCCAUCGACCCCGGGCAACAAUUCACCUGGGAGCACUCUAACCUGGAGGUAAACAAGCCAAAGAACAGAUACGCCAACGUCAUCGCCUACGACCACUCUCGAGUUCUGCUCUCCGCCAUUGACGGAAUCCCCGGUAGCGACUACAUCAACGCCAACUACAUUGACGGCUACAGGAAACAAAACGCCUACAUCGCCACACAGGGUUCCCUGCCGGAGACGUUCGGGGAAUUCUGGAGAAUGAUCUGGGAACAGAGAAGCGCCAUCAUUGUCAUGAUGACCAAGCUGGAGGAAAGAUCCAGGGUAAAGUGCGAUCAAUACUGGCCGACACGAGGGACGGAAACCUACGGCCUCAUCCAAGUGACGCUGCUCGACACAGUGGAGUUAGCCACAUAUUGCGUGCGAACAUUUGCACUUUUUAAAAAUGGCUCCAGUGAGAAGCGGGAGGUCAGGCAGUUCCAGUUCACGGCCUGGCCAGACCACGGGGUCCCUGAACACCCCACACCGUUCCUGGCCUUCCUGAGGCGGGUGAAAGCCUGCAACCCUCCAGACGCGGGGCCCAUGGUGGUGCACUGCAGUGCCGGCGUGGGUCGCACGGGCUGCUUCAUUGUGAUUGACGCCAUGCUGGAGCGGAUCAAGCACGAGAAGACGGCGGACAUCUACGGCCAUGUGACGCUGAUGCGUGCUCAGCGUAACUACAUGGUGCAGACGGAGGACCAGUAUGUUUUCAUCCAUGAUGCGUUGCAGGAGGCCGUCAACUGCGGCACCACCGAAGUGCCCGCCCGAAACCUUUACGCUUACAUCCAGAAACUGACGCAGAUAGAGUGCGGGGAGAAUGUCACCGGCAUGGAGCUGGAGUUCAAGCGUUUAGCAAACACUAAAGCCCACACAUCCCGAUUCAUCAGUGCCAACCUGCCGUGCAACAAGUUCAAAAACCGCCUUGUCAAUAUCAUGCCAUACGAGUCCACGAGAGUGUGUCUCCAGCCAAUUCGAGGCGUGGAGGGCUCGGACUACAUCAAUGCUAGUUUCAUUGACGGCUAUAGGCAACAGAAAGCCUACAUUGCCACCCAGGGACCCCUGGCGGAAACCACGGAGGACUUCUGGAGAAUGCUUUGGGAGCACAACUCCACGAUUGUUGUCAUGCUAACCAAGCUAAGAGAAAUGGGCAGGGAAAAAUGCCACCAGUACUGGCCUGCAGAGAGGUCAGCCAGGUACCAGUACUUUGUGGUGGACCCUAUGGCGGAGUACAACAUGCCGCAGUACAUUCUUAGGGAGUUUAAAGUAACAGAUGCCAGGGACGGCCAGUCGCGAACGGUGCGACAGUUCCAGUUCACGGACUGGCCCGAGCAAGGAGUGCCAAAAUCCGGGGAGGGUUUUAUCGACUUCAUCGGUCAAGUACAUAAAACUAAAGAGCAGUUUGGCCAAGAUGGGCCUAUCUCAGUCCAUUGUAGCGCCGGCGUCGGUCGAACCGGUGUUUUCAUCACCCUCAGUAUUGCCUUGGAGCGAAUGAGAUACGAGGGCGUCGUCGACAUCUUUCAGACGGUGAAGAUGCUGCGGACGCAGAGGCCAGCCAUGGUGCAAACAGAGGAUCAAUACCAGUUCUGCUACAGAGCUGGAUUAGAGUACUUGGGAAGCUUUGAUCACUAUGCAACGUAAAAAAAGACACCCCCUGCCCUCCCCGACAUUUGGAGGGUCCCCCCCCCAACAUUUGGAGGGAAAUGCGGCAAGGAGAAGGGGAAAAAACCCAGUUGCACCUCUCUUCUGAGCCAUAAAUGAACUGCUUGAGAAACGUUUGAACUCCUUGCUAACAACUCAUAAAGUGUGCCGUCAAGGAAUGAACAAUGAAAAUCAAGGAAAAAAAAAACAACCAACAUCCCAAAAGGACCAAGUAUGAACUCCACCAAGUGAUGGACCAUUGAAGCAUCCGGUGAUUUGCUUCAAGGAUUUAUUUGGGAGUAAAAAAAAACAAACAAACAAAAAAACAAGGAGAGGCAUCGGAGGACAUUGUAAAGAAUAACAUCGGACGUUCAGUAGUAAUAAAUCCAAGUAUGCCCUCUUCCUGUCUCCGUGUUCAUCAUCCACAGUUUGGCGAGGGGAUCUAUGAAAUAAAUUCAUAAAUUCAUUUUAUUUUGUAGUACUUUAUUAACCAGUGUGAUUUUUUUUUUUUACACUGAAUUUUUUUGUUGUUUUUUAAACAUGCAUAUUAAUUUUCCCCUUGGGUUGUAUGUAGCACCAAGUGCAUACGAAUUGAGGGUUAAAAAACGAACUAUACUAUAAACCGGGGCUUUGUGGAAUCAACAGGGAUGAGCAAAGUAUGAAGCUGCUGCUAUUGAUUAUCUUAGUUCUUCCAUGUCGGGACGAGUCGAGGAAAGAUAUACAGAUACAGUAUAUACACACAAAUAUAUAUAUAUAGAAAUACAAAUAUAUAUUAUUCUACAGAGACAAAUUAUACGAAAGUGAUUUUUUUUCACUGGAAUGCACAUCGGCUUGGAGAAAUAUUUUAUUGUUUCUUGUGCAAUAAAUAUUCAGUCACCACCCCCUUGGCCACGGCCACUUCUAUCCUGUCCAAGGGUCCAGGUCCGGUCCAGGGUCGUUAUUUACAAAACCCAUUCUUUUUCCGCCAUUUUGCAUUUAGAGUGCCUUAUAUUUAUGCCUGUUUUUAUACCAUUUCAUCUUUUUAAGUAGCCAUUCAGUGUAAUUAUGACAUAAUGUAUACAGUAUAUAUGUAUUUAUGAUUAUUUACAGUAGUAUUCCACUUUGUCACACAAUAUUAUAUAUGCAAGUAACAUUUUAAAAGCUCAUAUUUUCCUUUUCAGUGGCCUUACAGUGGCUGAGUGAGUCCAAGUUGAGUUUGGUGACCUGUAAAAGAACUGGGAAAUACAGUAUUUUAUUUAUAUGAGAGAGUAAAUAUUUGAAAUUUCAAGUAGCUCAACCGAAUGGGAUUCCGUGUUGUUAACGGUGCUGCUGUUUGUCCUUUUUACAAGAGGAAAAACCCAAUUUCCUUAACUCAAUUUUCAACAAGGAAAAACACAAACAAGCACAAAAAUAUGACUCAUUCCCAAUUUUUUAUCAAAUAAAACAGGAAUUACAUACACACGCAUGUCUAGGGGCAAUCAUCUUGUUUUUGAGAGUGAAAUACAGGAACUUAAAUUUUACACCAUGUUCAUCACUUCAUGGCAACAUUAACCAACAAACAUUUGUAACGACUAUUUCAAAUCAUUAAGUCAAAAUGCAGUCUUCAAUUUAUGUACAUGUUUCUAUUCACGACAAGUCCAAUUUCUUAUGAAUGGUGCUUAAGUUGUUCAUAAACCAUCUAAAACGGAAGCUUGCUUACAUUUUGGGAUGGAUUUCUUUUUUCUUGUAUACAGUAAACAUUACUUCUUGACCAAUAAAAAAAGGAUCAGUAAAGACGUCCAAUCUAGAAAUUUCAUACAUCAUCACAACACAUGAACACAUGCAGCACACACAUAGUUGGAAUCCAAAAUUAAUUUGUUGUGCUUAUGUCGUUUAUAUGCCAUACUGGGGGCAGCCAUAUUGCUCUUUUCACCAACAAAUUAUCUGAAUUUGAAAUUUUGUACAUAUAGUUCUUGUAAACAUGGUGGCACACACACAGUAGUUCAAUUAUUCACCGUUGUUAUGAUUUGGUCAUUUUGUUUUCAAAGAAGAUUUUUUAACAGUGGUCAAAAAGAGGGACGGAAAACAAACAGCCACUAAAACUAGCAUUUAAUUUAAAUCAACAUCUGUCGUGGCCAUUUUGUUGUGUGAAACCAGCACUUUAUCUUACAGUUAUGAACACAGAUUUUGCUAUUGUGAACAUAAAAAUGGGUGAAAUCAGGGAGGCGCAGAUUGUUGGUGCAAGGUAGUUCAAUUAUUUGAUGUUUAACAUUAUUAAUGGUGCGCUGGCAUGUGGAUAUUUCGUUUUCUGAGAGAAACCCGUAAGCUAGCCUCAAUUUUGGAACAUAUUUUUCAACAUUUGGAAUGAAAAAUAAAGAUGGCUAUUAUGAAUACCUUAAGCCAAUCUUGUUAAAAAACAAUACCCCUUUUUAACUUUAUUUAAUUGUUAGCAUCCUUCCCAACGACUUUGUGACGUUUUUACAGAUGUGCAUUCCAGGUUUUUCUUUCCCUUGUCAACAUGAGCAAUUUUGUUUUAUUUUUAUUACAUAAAAGUGCUGUUAUUUAUGUUCUUGUUUUAUUUUUGCAUGGUCAAAACAUGGCGGGAUGGGCCGACAGUAGGAAGAUUUGCACUUUUUCCCUAUCUUUGUACUAUGCACUGCCCUAUUGAUUCUAAACCCAGUAAUAGAAUAUUACUUGAACCCAUCCAUGACACAAACAAAUCACUUGUGUAUGUAAAUAACACUAAUCUCGGAAAAAGACAAAAAAAUAAAAAAAAGAGCAUCCAUUCUGAUGCCAUCCAGCAGAUGACUUGGAAAAAUUCUACGAACCUGCCCCCCCCUGUCCACCCCCGCCCUCGCCCAGCGAUCAUGUGUUCUCGUGGCCAUUGAAGCUUGGAGUGUCAUUACCGGAAAUAAACGUUGUGUUCUCUGAUCUCUCUCUCUCUCUAGCUAUCUAUCUAUCUCUCGUCUGGAUGCAUAGACUGACAGUGACGUCAUGAAAUUGUAAAAACGAAAAACAAAAAAAACAGCUUGUUCAAAAGUUCAUACAAUUACCUCUGAUUAGUUGUAAACUGUUUAUUUUUUAUUUGUUUUCUUGUUGAAUGAAAUGAGUGCUUUUUAUUUUCUUACUUAGGUCACAUUGGUGGGGGGAAAAAAGUCUGUAUGAAAAAUCAGUUCUAUGCUGACAAAUAAGUCACGUUUGUUUAUAAAUAAAUUCUAUUAAAAAAUGUCUGUUGUAUGCA